AUGGCCGCGCUUAGGGCCUUUAACAUUGAAGCUUUCACUCUCCUCGCUCUUGCAUUGUUGAUCACUGGUUUGAGGUCGUAUGUGCGAAUCAGUACCGUCGGCUUCAAGAAUCUUUGGGCAGAUGAUUACCUAGUUCUUCUUGCGGCAGUCGUCUACUCAGUAGAAACUGGCUUGGCAUACUCUGUUGGCAACAUUGCCAAGGGAAUGGCGAACAACUCCAUGACAGAUGCCCAGCGGGCGGCCUUGCAGCCAGAUGAUACUGAGUACCAACUUCGAGUUCUGGGCUCUAAAAUCCAGCUCGCCGGGUGGUCGACGUACUCGUUCCUCCUGUGGAUUCUCAAGGGGGCAAUGUGCACCUUUUACUACCGCCUAACAAAGGAUCUCGAAGGCUACCGAACCCGAAUUCUGGUUGGCUUUGCUCUCAUCAUCGUUACCUUCGUCGUGGUUCAGCUCAACCUCCUACUAAGCUGCCACCCAUUCUAUCGCUGGUGGCAGAUCUACCCUGAUCCAGGAAUUUACUGUCACCCAGCCAUCUCGCCGAAUCUUGUCUGGACGUACCUCUCAUUCAAUGUCGCCACGGAUCUUUACUUGAUCAUGAUCCCCAUGCCUAUGCUAUGGAAGGCGGCUAUGCCGUGGUUUCAGAAGGUCUGGCUUAUAUCACUGUUUAGCUGUGGUUUGUUCGUCACCAUGGCUGCCAUUCUUCGUGUGGUUCUACUCGUUUCGGAUCCCGUGAACGGAGCCCAGCUGGCUGGUUCCUGGGCAGUCCGCGAGACCUUUGUCGCAGUUCUGGUGACAAACUUGCCCAUGCUCUUCCCACAGCUCAAGAAAUGGAUCGUUCCGUUGGUGGCUCGAGUCAGCUCUUCUCUAAGCAUAUCUCGAAAUCCAUCCAGCUCAAGAGGAGAGUCGAGAUUCUCCAACAUCACAUCCCUCGAUUCAUGGAGGCGAAAGAGCCGACGGUCAUCUCGCCCAAUAUCCAUCAAUCCGACACGCAACAACGAGAGUGAGGUCACAAUCAUUGACGACAUCAACCUUCCUGAAGUCGACCUACAACCUACCACCAGCAAGGAACAAGCUCAUACGACAACAAAGGAAGACCCGGCACCUCACAUCCAGCUUCAUAUCGAGGUCUCAGUUCUAGAAGAGACCGAACCCCAUGAUCGAAGGGCGAGCACAAGGAGCGGCAACUACGCAGUCAGCUGGUCAGAUUCGCUGCCGAGAGCGGAGAAGCCAUGA